UCAGUCGCCCUCCGGCCGGCGCCACGAACAGAGCAGAAGGCAGCUGCUGGGCCACGUGAGCGGCCAUGAGGCAGCAUGGCCAGGCCGGGACUCUUGGUCGUGCUGGUGCUCGUGCUGCCCGUCGUCCACCCCCUGCCCCCAGUCAUCAAAAUCGGUGCGAUAUUCACAGAGGACCAAAAGGACAGCAGCACGGAGCUGGCCUUCAAGUACGCCGUCUACAGAAUUAACAAGGACAAAACCCUACUGCCAAAAACAACAUUAGUCUACGACAUCCAGUACGUGCCCAAAGAUGACAGCUUCCACGCCUCGAAAAAAGCAUGCCAACAAGUGCACGGCGGGGUGCAAGCCGUGUUCGGCCCCUCGGAGCCGAUGCUGGGGGCGCACAUCCACUCGAUCUGCGACGCGCUCGACAUUCCGCAUCUCGAGGCCAGGCUGGACCUCGACCCCGAGAUCAAGGAGUUCUCCAUCAACCUGCACCCCGCACAACCGCUCCUGAACGCUGCCUACCAGGAUGUGAUGGCCUUCCUCAACUGGACCAGGGUGGCCAUCGUCUACGAGGAAGAUUACGGACUGAUCAAAUUGCGCGAGCUGGUGCGGAGCGAACACGAAGUGGACGUGUACCUUCGCCAGGUGACGCCAGACUCGUACAGACGCGUGCUCAAGGAGAUCAAGGCUAAGGAAAUCUACAAUCUGGUGGUGGACACACGGCCAGAGAACAUGCAACACUUCCUCAAAGGCAUCCUGCAACUACAAAUGAACGACUACAAGUACCACUACCUAUUCACUACAUUUGACAUCGAGACGUUCGAUCUGGAGGACUUCAAGUACAACUUCGUGAACAUGACCGCAUUCCGCAUCGUCGACGCCGAAGACGUGGGUGUGCGCGAGAUUUUGCGCGACAUGGAACGCUUCCAGCCGGUGGGGCACAGCAUUUUAAACAAAUCACGUAUCAUCCAGGCCGAGCCAGCCUUAAUGUUUGAUUCAGUUCAUGUGUUCGCGAUUGGCCUGCAGACUCUCGAGCAGAGUCACACCCUGCGCAUCUCAAACGUUUCCUGCGAGGACGAGCUACCGUGGGACGGAGGACUCAGCCUCAUCAAUUACAUCAACUCGGUCGAGUUCAAAGGACUGAGCGGACCGAUCGAGUUCAAAGAGGGCCGCCGCAUCCAGUUCAAGCUGGACCUGCUGAAGCUGAAGCAGCACGCCCUGGUGAAGGUCGGCGAGUGGUCACCCAACGGCGGCGUCAACAUCACCGACAGGGGCGCCUUCUUCGACCCUGGAAACAUGAAUGUCACCCUCGUCGUCAUCACCAUACUGGAGCAUCCUUACGUGAUGAUGCAUUACGAAAAAAACUACACCGGCAACGCCCGUUUUUACGGCUUCUGCGUUGACCUGCUCGAAAGGGUGUCGCGCGAGGUCGGUUUCGACUACAUUCUCGACCUGGUGCCCGACCGCAAGUACGGGGCCCAGGAUCCGCUCACUGGCGAGUGGAACGGAAUGGUGCUGCAACUCAUGAAACACAAAGCUGAUCUCGCAGUCGGCUCGAUGACUAUCAACUAUGCCCGCGAGAGCGUCAUUGAUUUCACCAAACCAUUCAUGAACCUGGGAAUCAGUAUACUCUUUAAGGUGCCCACAAGCGCGCCGACGCGGCUCUUUUCCUUUAUGAACCCUUUGGCUGUGGACAUUUGGCUGUACGUGUUGGCAGCCUACGUGUUAGUUUCGAUUACCAUGUUUGUCGUGGCACGAUUCUCGCCUUACGAGUGGCACAAUCCGCACCCCUGCGAGCUCGAGAAUGACGUGGUCGAGAACCAAUUUUCCAUGUCCAACUCGUUCUGGUUCACCAUUGGAACCUUGAUGCAACAAGGCUCCGACCUCAACCCCAAGGCAACAAGCACAAGAAUCGUUGGCGGAAUCUGGUGGUUCUUCACGCUGAUCAUCAUCUCAUCAUACACUGCCAAUUUGGCCGCGUUUCUCACCGUCGAACGGAUGAUCACGCCCAUAGAAAAUGCAGAGGACCUUGCGGGUCAGACGGAAAUCUCUUACGGCACACUCGACAGCGGCUCCACCAUGACGUUCUUCAGGGAUUCUAUGAUCGAGACGUACAAAAAGAUGUGGCGUUUCAUGGAAAACAAAAAGCCUUCAGUGUUUGUGCCGACUUACGAGGAGGGAAUCAGAAGGGUGCUUGAAGGAAACUACGCCUUUCUGAUGGAGUCCACCAUGCUCGACUACACAGUCCAGAGGGACUGCAACCUCACCCAGAUUGGAGGCCUUUUAGACUCAAAAGGCUACGGCAUCGCCACACCAAUGGGGUCUCCAUGGCGAGACAAGAUUUCGCUGGCCAUCCUGGAACUGCAGGAAAAGGGCGAGAUUCAGAUGCUGUACGACAAAUGGUGGAAAAACCCUGGCGACACUUGCACGCGCAAUGACAAGGGGAAAGAGAGCAAAGCGAAUGCUCUCGGCGUCGCCAACAUCGGUGGUGUUUUUGUGGUCUUGCUCUGCGGCCUAGCGCUCGCCGUCAUUGUGGCAAUUUUUGAAUUUUGUUGGAACUCCAAACGCAACACCGAGAUCACCAGCCGAUCUGUGUCAGGCCCGCACCAGUCCCUCUGCGGGGAAAUGACCGACGAGUUGUGCUUCGCCCUACGGUGUCGCGGAUCGCGCCAGAGACCAGCCCUGAAACGGCAGUGCUCCAGGUGCAUACCUAGCAACACCUACGUGCCCGCUGGGCUUGACCUUCCACCGCAUUCAUCGGCCCCAAAUGGCCUUCAGACCCCGAAAAACAGUUUAUCAAUGACGCCGACGAAAGAGCGGCGCCAGGAGCACGUCGGAGGAGGUCUCGCUCACCUGAGGCUCAGCAGAUCGCCAAUCCACCUAAACUACGAUAACUAAAUCGCUGUAACCAUUACUAAAAAAAAAUGUUUGAUGUGGUCGAUUGUUGAGGUCGCUUUAAUUGGCUCUCAACGCCGUGCGAAUAAAACUUUCCACUUGCCUCUAACAUUUUUCAAGAUAUAAGCAUCAUUUUGGAUCUCGCUGCGCGCUCCAUUACCACCAAAUAUUUCUCAAGAAAAGUUGCACAAUUAAUGUACAUACUAUUCUAUACAUUUUAAACUAUAACACACUUCACAACACACGAAAACUCACACAAAGAGCCUCGUGGUCGCUUCUAAAAAUAAACUUUUGAUUUGAUCUCUUUAGCCAUUAACAAAAUAAAAAAAAUGUGUGAAACCAAAUUUUAGAUAUGCGUAGAUUUAGUAGAGUCUAGACCAUGUCAAUUUUCAUGUGGGCAAUAAUACAGUUUUGUUGACCAAAGCUUAACUUGCGUCGUGUCACGAUGUCGAAAAUGUUUUAUUGUAUAUUUUUCUGUUCAUAUAAUAAUUGAAAAUGUGGUCCUAAUUAGUAGAAAAAUCUUCCACGUUCUGUGAAAAGUAUUAAAUAUUGGAUGUUUGUAGGCCAAAAAUUGUGUGCCAAAUUGUUUGUUAGAAUGAUAAAAAAAAUAAGCAACUGAUGCAGGCAGCAGAAUUUGAUUUUCACUUCUACAGCCUUACAGCAUAUCUUGCAAGCUGAGAGGAAAAUUAUGUUCUCCAUUCUCCAUUAAUAAACAUAAGAUUAAAAUACGUUA